UCGGAACCUCAUAUCUUGCUGCCAUUGAACCCUCUCCACCCCUCAACUGGGCCCUCGCUCUCCUCACUCUCCUCACUCUCCCCGUCUGCUCGUCGUCUUUUCUCUCCUCUCUAUUCUGCUUCUCUACAACAGUCGCAAUGGCCUCCUCGACAUCUGUUGCGAGGCUGGUCGCCUACCGUCGCCCUACUCCCUACCUGUGGGCCUCUUCUCUCCGUCUUUCGCCCUUGGGUUCAAUCGCAAACUUCUCCUCCUCAGUGUCGAGAGCUGCUACACCAGCUGGUCCUCCUCAGCCUGGAUUUCGUUUACCUGCGCCGAGGAAAUGGGACCAGGAUCCCGAGUCUUCGCUAGACAAGGCCAGCAAGUACUUCCUGAUGGCUGAAUUGUUCCGGGGCAUGUACGUGGUUCUGGAGCAGUUUUUCAGACCACCUUACACUAUCUUCUACCCCUUCGAGAAGGGUCCCAUCUCCCCCCGUUUCCGUGGCGAACAUGCUCUGCGCCGCUAUCCCACUGGUGAGGAGCGUUGCAUCGCUUGCAAGCUCUGCGAGGCCAUUUGCCCCGCUCAGGCUAUUACCAUCGAGGCCGAGGAACGUGAGGACGGAAGCCGUCGGACAACCAGAUAUGACAUUGAUAUGACCAAGUGCAUCUACUGCGGUUACUGCCAGGAGAGUUGCCCUGUUGAUGCUAUUGUCGAGACUUCCAACGCGGAAUACGCCACUGAGACCCGAGAAGAGUUGCUGUACAACAAGGAGAAGCUUCUGGCUAACGGUGACAAGUGGGAGCCAGAGAUUGCCGCAGCCGCUAGAGCCGAUGCCCCCUACCGGUAGGGCGCGGUCGAUUUCUCUUUUCAUUCAUGAGAACCUUUCUACGCUUGGCUGUUGUACUCUAGCGAUCCUUGCCGAGAGAUCAGAAAUCACAAAACUGGAGUGACGGAAAAAGGAGAGUUUUCCAUCUAUUCGAGAUGGCAAAGGUACCGACUCCUUCAUGGGAAGUCUAACUUUUGCCUCUCCGCCUUGUACAUAACGAAUCCUCCGCCUGCGUUAUCCCGCAUAUACAGUUCAGGCUCAAAGGAGUUUUCGAGUCGCCAAAAACUGGCGUUCCUGUUUUUGUCUUUGUCGCGAUGUCAGAGGAAAUCCUGGUUUGUCUUUGUUUAUUUUCUACUGUUCUGCUAACGAGUCAAUCGAACAAUUCACUUUUCAUUUGUAUCAACAUGGUAUCUGUCCAGCCUGUGCUGCAUGGGGUCUUCUAGUCUUCCUCAAUAGCAGUAG